AUGUGUCUCAUACGCUUCUCUCCACUGAAGCCCCAACCUCCUGCCCGGGAGACAUACGGCAAUGAUUACGACCGGUAUCUUCGCGAUUAUGAGAGGUAUCAGAGGAAACUCGAGGAUUACUACAAAGAGAAAAAGAAGCGCCGGGCCAGAGCUAACACUGCUUGGAUGGGGGGUGCGGCUGGUGCGGCUGGGGCCGCUGGUGGAGGCGGCGGUGGCGGCUGUUAG